ACGUGGAGCGGGCACCAGCGGGGCCACCGGAGCCACCGGAGCCGAGCUGGGAGCAGCCGCCGCGCUGGACAGAGGGAUGGACGGACGGACGGACAGGUGGGCAGGGGGAGGGCUGGGUGCUCAGGGUGCCACCGGGACCUUCACCCUGGACAUCCUUGCGGUGGGUGCUCUGGGUGUUGGGGACACCCACGUCCCACUGCCAGAGGGCACGCAUGUCCCCGUCCCGCCUGGGCAGAUGUCCCUGUCCCCAUGUCCCCAUCCCAGUUCCCAGUGUCCCAGUCCCAGGUGACCCAGGUGUCCCAGUCCCCAUUCCCAUAGGUCCCAGUCCCAAGUGUCCCUGUUCCCAGUGUCCCAUAUGUUCCACUUCCAGGUGUCCCUGUUCCCAGUAUCCCUGUUUCAGGUGAUGCUGGUGUCCCAGUCCCAGAUGUCCCAAUCCCAGAUGUCCCAGUCCCUUAUGUCUCUGUUUCCAUGUCCCUAUCCCAAGUGACCCAGCUGGCCCAGUCCCAGGUUUCCCAUUCCCAUAGGUCGCGGUCCCAGGUCUCCCAGUCCCAGGUGUCCCUAUCCCAGCUGUCCCAGUCCCACCCAUCCCAGCUGUCCCAGUCCCAGGUGUCCCAAGUGUCCCAGUCCCAGAUGUCCCACCCCCACCCAAACCACCCCUCCGUGCUGGGUCCCACGGAGGGGGGCAGGGACCCACAGCAGCCACCUUCGUGCCCGCAGGGGUGGGUGCAGAGUGGGUGCAGGUUUGGGGGGGGUGGUGGGUGCAGGUUUGGGUGCAAGGUGGAUGCAGGAUGAGUCCAGGGUGGGUGCAAGAUGGGUGCAGGUUUGGGAGGGUGGUGGGUGCAUGGUUGGUGCAGGUUUGGGGGGGGGGGGGCAGUAGGUGCAUGGGGCAGGGUUGGGUGCAGGAUGAGUCCAGGGUGGGUGCAUGGUUGGUGCAGGUUUGGCGGGGGGCAGGGGGGAGCAGGUUUGGGUGCAGGGCUGGGUGCAGGGCAGGUUGCCCCCCGCCCCCUGCCCGCUCCCCGCAGCACCAGCACGUGGCUGGGAGCCCCCCUGGAGCAGUUGCCCACCCCGGCGCUGACCCUGGACCAGGCGACGAUGCGGCGCAACGCCGAGCGCAUGCGGGAGCGCUGCCGGGCCCUCGGCCUCCGCCUGCGCCCCCACGUCAAAACCCACAAGACGCUAGAAGGUGCCGAGCUGGCGACGGGCGGCACCCGCCGGGGCAUCGUGGUCUCCACCUUGGCCGAAGCUCGGUUCUUCGCGGCGGGGGGCUUCGAUGACAUCCUCUACGCCUACCCGCUGGCGGGGGGGCGGCUGGCGGAGUGUGCGGCCCUGGCCCAGCGCCUCCAAACCUUCCAGCUCCUCCUGGACAGCCCCCAGGCCCUGGCCCUGCUGCAGCAGCACCCGCUGCCCGGCACCAAGCGCUGGCUCGUCUGGCUCAAGCUGGACUGCGGGAACGGCAGGGCCGGCGUGCGGCCCGCGGACCCCGCUGCCCUGGCCCUGGCCCGCGCCAUCGCCGAGGGGGCACCGGAGAAGGUGACGCUGGUGGGGGUCUACGCUCACUGCGGGGACACCUACGGCUGCCGCGACGUCCUGGCCGUCCAAGCCAUCGCCCGGGCCACCGCCACCGCCGUGCUCGACUUCGUCACCGUGCUGCGGCAGGCGGGCGUGCCGUGUCCCCAGGCCAGCAUCGGCUCCACGCCAUCCUGCAGCCACCCGGUGCCAGAGAUGGCCCGGCUCACCGAGCUCCACCCGGGCAACUACCUCUUCUACGACCUUCAGCAGACCCUGCUGGGCUCCUGUCACCCGGAGGAGGUGGCCAUCCGUGUCCUCACCAGGGUCAUCGGCCACUACCCCCACCGCAACCAGCUCCUGGUGGACUGCGGGUGGGCCGCCCUCAGCCUCCACGGCCGGGACCAGGCGCCCACGGGCUGCGCCGCCAUCGAGGGGCACCCUCAGCUCAGGCUGGUGGGGCUGACGCAGGAGCACGGGCAGGUGGAAGCCGUCGAUGGACAGCUGGAUUUCGGGCGCUUCCCGUUGGGCAGCAUCCUGGCUCUCAUCCCCUUCCACGCCUGCGCCACCGCCGCCAUGCACCCCGUCUACUACGUCCACGCCGGGGGGAAGGUGGUGGAGCUCUGGCACCCCGUCCGCGGCUGGUAGGGAGGAGAGCGGGGAGCUGCCGGGGUGCUGCACCCACGCCGAGACCCUGCACCCACGCCAAGACGCUGUGCCCAUGCCAAGGUCUUGCACCCACGCUGGGGUGCUGCACCCACACCGAGACCCUGCACCCAUGCCAGGGUGCUGCUGCACCCACAUCGGGGCAUUGCACCCACACCGAGACUCUGCACCUACACCGAGACCUCGCACCCAAGCCGGGGUCCUGCACCCACCCGAGCUGCUGCACCCACCCCAAGACCCUGCACCCCCUCCCCACCCCGGGGUCAAUAAAGGUGCUUUUCCCA